AGACCUCUACUAAUACACAGUGUUAGACUACACAGGACAGGACAGGACUGUUCAUACUGUCCAAUGGUGCAGAGCAGCAGAGUCCUCUGGGGUUUGGUUUGGAGAAGAAUAUUGUUGUUGCUGUUAACCCGUCUGAGAAUGUGGAAGAGGAGUUGUUGACCAUCACUGUUUCUACCAUAAGACACAGAACUACCGCAUAUUCAACCAAGAGGAAAGAGACAGAAACAUUCCUGCAACAUUCCCGGGGGCGUACAAGAACACUUUAUCAAGGGGAACUUUUGUCACCUGUUAUCGUUGUUUUGGAGAAGAGAGGAGAUUGGAAACCAUCUUGACAACACUCAUCAUCUAGUGAAAACCAGGGAAAACACACCAGGCCCAGUUGAACAGAACUGUGUGGAAGUUUUGCACGUCGCCAUGGCGUCCACAGGCCUGCAGCUACUUGGUCUCCUAUUGGCUGUGAUUGGCUGGGUGUGCGGGGCUCUCGUCUGCGCCUCCCCCUUGUGGCGAGUCUCCGCCUUCGCGGGCGGGGAGAUCGUGAUCGCCCAGGUUCUAUGGGAGGGGCUAUGGAUGACCUGUUUGUCCCAGAGUACGGGGCAGAUCCAGUGUAAGACUUACGACUCCACCCUGGCCCUCCCCAUCUCCGCCCAGGUGUCCCGCACCCUCUCCGUGCUGUCCCUCCUCCUCUGCCUCCUCGCCCUCCUGCUAGGCGUGGCUGGGGCUAAGUGCACCAAGUGUCUAGGAGAAGGAGCGUACUCCUCCAAGGCUAGGCUAGCCCGUGUGGCUGGGGUACUGUUCUUCUUCUCUGGGCUGCUCUACCUGGUACCUAUCUGUUGGACGGCCUACGCCGUGGUCAGGGAUUUUUACGAUCCAAAAGUCGCCGCGCCGCUGAAGAGGGAGUUAGGCCCCGCCUUGUAUCUAGGCUGGGGUGCAGGAGUUCUGCUGCUGGUGGGAGGGGCUCUGCUGAAUGCAGGCUCCUCCCCUCCAGGGGUUAGGGCAACGCCGACUUUUGGGGGAGGUGGGAGGAGUAACCCACUGCCUGUGGUGGUAGAGGAGAAGGAGUACGUCUGAAACCUGCCACACCAGGGUUGUGUUCGUUAAAUUGGGAGAAAACGGACUGAAACAGGGAGGGACUACCUGAACGUGUCCAAUGUGUAAUGCUCAUUUUCGUUGUCCAUUGUAAAACAUUUUGCUACAUUAUGCCCUAAUGAAUACAACCCCAUCACUAAACUCUCAGUGAAGGAGAGACAGGUCAAAAUGUAAAUAAGAAAAUGCGUAUGAUUACGUUUAAGAAAAUGUGCAUGAUUAUUCUCAAUUUCUGAAGGCCACAUGUAGCCAGCUUUGUUAUUAUGUUAUGACAUCAUCUUCUAGUUGUUUUUACUGUGAUUUGAGUUUUCUGUGUUAACUUCUUCUUGGUGAGUGUAAUUUAUACAUUAAAUAAUAAAGUAUUUCACAAGUU